UCAAUUCAAGCGAUAGGCAAGCCCGGACACACACCGGUAGGCGAUGAGCGGCGUUGCUGAUUCGACCCAGGCAACCGGGGGAUCCAAAAAAACUGUUGAGCCGGGGACGGUUGAAGACCACACCGUAGACCACACCAGCGAGGAGCCGGGACUAUUCGACGGGUUUUUAUGGACGUGACAAUGACUCUCCAGGAUGAACUGACCACAGCCGCGGCGAAGGGAAACACGGCAGCGGUGGAGGCUCUUCUGGAGAGAGGGGCUCAAGUUAACGGGACGAACAGUUUUGGACGAACAGCUCUGCAGGUAAUGAUGAUGGGGAGCACGUCGGUGGCUCAGCUGUUACUCGAGCAUGGAGCGAAUUCCAACGUGGGGGACUCAAGCACCGGGGCAAGCCCGCUGCACGACGCUGCUCGGACGGGCUUUCUGGACACUGUGCACCUUUUAGUGCAGCACCACGCAGACCCACAGGCCAGGGACAAGUUAAACCGUCUGCCUGUCGAUUUAGCCAGACAGCACGGCCAUAGAGAUGUUGUUGAUUUCCUGGAGAGUCUGCAAAAUCCCUAACGCUGUGAUGUCUUAUUUUUAUUUUUUUAACUCCUUGCAGCCGGUUCUGAAGGUGGACUUUGCAGAGCAGGGGCCUAAAAAGGCCUUCAGCCGAAAUUACACACUUGAAGUUUUGCUGUAAAAUGCAGUAUUGCUCUUUAUUUAUUCACUUUCGGUGUGUAUCAUUAUUUUAUUUCUAACGAAAUUAGGGUUGUCGAUGGGUCUAUGUGUAAAAAUGUAGGCCACAUUUUCACACAACAACAUCGCAACUUUUGUUAAUUUAAGAAUACGUUUUAUGUUUUGUUUUAUUUUUGGGGGGGGGUUUUCCAAGUGUUUAUUUUCACUUUUUAAACAUUUUUCCUUGUAAAUAUAAUGUACAGUUUUACCCAAUUAUAUUGUUUGCAUAUCAGAUAUUUAACUAAAUAAUACAAGAGAUAUUUUAGAAAGAAAUUGGAAACUUUGCGAAGUUUGUGAACUUUUUUUUUUUUUUUUUUUUUUUUAAAUCCAGGAUGCACACUACUGAGGUCUAAUCUCAUUAUUACCUAAUACUGAUAUUCUGCACCUUGAUGUAAACUGUAACACUGGUUUGAGGGCUGGACUGCUGUAGGAUGCGUACUGGAGAAUUAAAAACAAAUGGAAAAUA